GGAAGCGCCACUUUGUGGUUCGUUAUGGCUUUGGCAUUUUCUAUGCGUUCUUUCUCACGUGUUUUUUGACUAUUGCCCUAAGUGCUUCAGUUAGACUUGGCAUAAAAAUGACGGACGCAAUUGACCACUACUAUCAGAACAGGGAUGGACCACCGUCGAGAUCCUUCAGCGAUGAGUACGAUUCAUACAACAAAACCGCCCCUUUACCUCCACUAUCAGCAUGUCCUGAAAGAGCCCAGACUCCAAAUUCAAAGCGUGUUCCGAUAACCCCCAAUUCUGCCAAAUCUACAUCUGAGAGCCCACGCCGCAUCACUUUUUCUAGAGAUGCCGGAAGUAGCACAAAAGGCUCGACACAAACAAGUCCUAGUAAUCAAGGAAGUGUAAGCAGUAGGAAUGGUAGCAAUGGCAAUGGUUUAGGGCUGAGUAGCGCGGGAAACUUUGCAGAUUUCUUUAGCUCUGAAGUGUUUUAUAUUGUGCUUCAUAAUCCAACGACCGCGCAUCGAUUCUUGAAGUUUUGUCAAGGUCGUGCUUGUUCGGAAAACCUUGAAUUUUUGCAAAAGAUUGAUGAGUAUAAUCGAUUAAUAGACGAAGCGACACGUCUUCUUUCCACGAUUUACUCAACCUAUGUUUCGUCAGAAGCACCAAAGCAAAUCAAUAUUUCCAAUUCUCAUGCUCGACGAUUAUCACAUGAUAUCAAGGGUGCGACGCAUAAUGUUCUUCCCGGUCUUGAAGACAUCUUCAAUGGGUCCCAGGAGCAAAUUGAGAAAUUGCUAGCUAGUGAUUUGUAUCCGCGUUUUGUAAAACACCAGGUUACUGCCUCCGCGACUAUGGCGUUGGCAAAUGAUAAGGAAAGAUAUCCAGGUCUAGGUGACUGUUUUUGCUUGACUGAUCCAAGGCGAGCCGAUAACCCAAUUGUAUUUGCUUCGGACGGGUUCGUCUCUGUCACGGGAUAUUCCCGAUCAGAUAUAAUACCUCGAAACUGUCGUUUCCUACAAGGAUCGUUUACCGAUCGACAAGCAACCAAACGUCUACGAACUUCCAUUGAAAACUGUGAGGAGACAGUUGAAUUACUUCUGAAUUAUCGCAAAAAUGGCGAUCCAUUCUGGAAUCUCCUUUACGUAUCUCCUUUACUUGACGGUAAUGGGGACGUCAGAUUCUUUCUCGGUGGACAAAUCAACUGCAGUACGACUAUUCACAGUCGCACCGAUGUUCUUCGAAUUUUGAGUCUGAACGAUGAGGACACCGGGAGCUUUAUAGAGGGGAGUAACAAGACCCCGAGUGUUCGAAGCAAGGAGUCCAAUACUGCAAGCAACUAUGGGAAAACCUCAUUUUUCAAAAGCUUCAAAAAGUACAAGGCGAAUACUGUAGAAAUCCGAGACGAAGCUGGGAUGGAAGGCGAAUUGAUCGAUCGGAUCGGAAAGCUACAAUUCAAAACACAAGUUGAAGAAUUCUAUACGGCUUAUUCAAAGUAUCUUGUCCUAUCUUACCAACCACAGUCACAAAAUCUAAUUGUCAAAUACUUCUCUCCGGGUAUAGUGGACAUGCUUAAUCUAAACAUGCCCAAUGGCCUCGUAGCUCCUAUUGUCGAUAAAGAUAUCUUCAAAGUUCUCACAGAACACUCCCCGUCGUCUGUACCGCGCACCUUCAAAAAUGUGGUUAGAGAAGGUAUCAAAGCCGGACGAGCAGUAUCAGUCGAAACGGGACUUCUGACUGGAAUUGAAGAGAUCAAGAAGUCACAAAAUAUUUUUAGUGGCACAACGACAAAUAGAGAGAAAGGGUGGAAGAAGGCCGAGGAAAAAUAUGUCUGUCAUUUUACACCUUGUAAAGAUGAGAUGGGCAGAGUUGGAUGGGUCGUUUUGACUGUGGCGCCGAAGCUGGAGAGAUUUUGAGGGGUUUGCUUUGGCGUUGGACUGCGAUUACAUGUAAUGAUACCCCCCCGGAUUAGCAUUUUUGCGUUUAGAUAUAGAUGCCUAAUAAGUUAUUUUGGCAAUUUGAAAUGAUUAAAUAAACACUCUUUCCCCA